CGUUGAUCGCCGGACCUCCUUCGUUCCGUCGUACGAAUGGUUCAAAAUUUGAUUACUUACAGACAUUUGAAAAUGAGAAUUGCCAUGCGGGCUGAGGGCGACCUUCAAUUGGCGCCAAUCGAACAAAGUGCAUGUGGAAGGUGCUUUCUUGAGGUCUGGUGGGUCCUCCAUGGCGAAACAGCGGGACGAGUAGACGACGAAAGAAACAAGGCGUUGUGUCGAAGAGUCCGAUCAAGUGAACAGGCGUAGCAGAGUUAUCCGAGCAGGUGAAGAAGAAAAAGUCCGAUCGAAGUUGGCCGAAAAAUUGGGUCAAGAGUUGACGAUGGUGGAAGAGGGUCCACGGAAGAUGGCCGAAAACCGCAAUCGCAAGCAAUACAGCCACCAAAGACCGUAUCAUCGUCCACUUCAGAACUAUGCACCCGUUACGCCUCGACAAGUACCACCACCGCCGCCACCACCCAUGAGGGACAAUAGGACACGUGGUGGAUCAUUCGGCAUGAUGAAUUUUGUCGAGAGUUUCAUGUCGCCUUUUACGCAGUGUUGGCAGCCGCCCAUUGAUGCGUGUGGAACAGGAGACUAUGCGGAUUAUCCGGGCUGUGGUCCAACACCGCCGCCGCCAGUGGCUACAAGAGGACCACCACCACCACCACCCCCUCGUCCACCUGCUGCCUUGGUCACUCCCAUGCCGGCGCCAGCUGGUGCAUAUCCGUAUCCCACAGGCCCGCCGCCUCCUCCUCAGGUUCACUACGGGGGACAAUCUCCACACGCGCCUCGUGAGAUGAUGUUCGUUGAGAGACCAACAGACAAGGAUGUGCUCUGUGGCAGGGGUGGGUCUAGCAACAAGCACAACUUGCACUUUAGAGAACUCAUUGCGGCCAACAAGGCUACCUAUGUCACGCUCACCAAAAAGCAAAAGAUGCUCGUUUCCAGACAGGUGGUAGAAACCAUACACAGGGCAGGUGGCAGAUUCUUGGCCAAGGAUAAUGCCACGGGGAUGUGGAAAGAUAUUGGUAUGUCUCGCAGCUUGGAGAAGGCUUCCCAAGCCCUGCGAGAAAAGACCACCAACAUGACGGCAUCAGAUGCAGUGGUAGUAACCGAAGACUGUGGCGGCAUUGAAACCAUGUCCACGCAUUCGAGCAGUACUGUCACUAGCAACAACACUCCAAAACCAAGCUCCAAGACGAUUGAAGCACCACCCUUGAUCAUUCCGCCUAUUUUGCAAGAUGUUUAUAAACCAAAGAUGGCUCCACCGCCUGGACUGGAUACACCCGUGUCUCACCCUGCUGCUACUACUACUAGAUACCCCUACCAUCCAUCGGAUCGAGUCCAGUCCAUGCCGGCACCACAUAUGGGUGCCUAUCCAUUUCACAAUCGUCAAAUGUCCCGAUUGAAUCAACAUUCGCGAUCGUUUCCGCAUCCCAGUGAGGCCAGGGGGCAUGCAGCUCCCAUGGUAUCUCCUGUUUCGCACGGCAUGUCGUGGCAACCACAGCAUCCUGGGGCAUAUCAUCGUCAUCACCCCAGUCCGACAAUUCACAAUCGAAAGUCGUGGGACUAUCAUCAAAGUGACGUCGGCAGCUAUACGAGUGACAGCACUGCCACACACUCGACCGCCGAGUUUCGCCAAUACUCCCACCAUCCGCCUAUCGCUCUGCAGCACUCACAUUCUCCUCCUCACCAGGAAACAGGUCAGCAUAUAAAGAGACAGCGAACCAAUGAAGAGGAGCGGGAACUGGAGGAAGAUGAAGAGGAUGUCAUUCUUUUUGAAGACAGUAACAAUACUAUUUCCCUGAAGGAUACAUCGCUGGAAGAGGGAUCUUUACAUUUACCAGCCCAAGUAAAGUCAAAGCUAUCGUUGAAGGACCGAGUUAUUUCCCCGGCGGGGAUGGUCUCUCCCUCAGGGAUGAUGCAAGGUCGCACGAGACGUCAUCACCCACAGGAAGCACCCGACAGUCCUACCAUUCCCACGGGCACAGCUACGGCAACGGAAUCCAAACUCAACACCAGCGCCGAAGCGGAGGGACUAGCAGGGCUGGCAGCCUUAUCGACGGCCGCCUUUCUUCGCAUGGAUGAAGGGGAGUAGGAUUGAUCCAAGCCAAGUCAAAUCAAAACCAAGCAACAUAUAUACAAAAAAGACAAGCUUAUAUAUAUAUAUUGUUCUAUGCUCUAUGUGUGUAACCAAUAAAGUAGAAUAACAAGAAUCAGUACUAUUGAUAUCACAUUACAGUAUCAUCAAGAGGAAGAGCAUUGCUACAGGUACCAGUCACUGAACGGACAGAGUCAAGUCAGGUACAGUAGUAGUAUGUUUAUAAAUUAAUAGUGAAAUUGGUUGCCCCCCUUCUCCAUCCCUUAGAGAGCAGCAAGAAGUCAUGUACAUGUAGCAAGAAAUCAUUCAUCCAACAUGAACUGUGCAGUGCAUCUAUCUUGAUACCGACCAUGAAGCUUUGAUUUGAAGUCACCCGGUUAGUCUUCGGCCUCCUUGUCCAAACUAAUGACUUGCACCAUGGCAGUUGAUUGCAUGGUGGGACAGUGCGAUUCCAAUGCCCAUAGGGUGGCAGCUGCUGCGGAGAGAUAAUGCCAAGCGGAGUGCAGCCAAGCAUAGCCAGGGAGUGGGAUACUCAGGAAUGCCAGUCCAGUAACACCCAGUGCCCACACUCGAGGGGAUGGCUUGCCACAAGUGUGAAAAAAGUAAAAGGUGGCUGUCCCUGCAACAGCA